AUGAAGGUGAAGAAGAGCGGCGGGGCCGCGGCGGCGGCGGCGGCGGCGCGCACCGAGGAGGAGCUGGGCCGCAAGGCGCUGAUCGGGCCCGACGACGUGCUGGGGCUGCAGCGGGUGACCAGCGAUUAUUUGUGCACUCCAGAGGAAAAUGUUUACAAGAUAGACUUCACCAGGUUCAAAAUCCGAGACAUGGAAUCUGGCACAGUCUUGUUUGAAAUCACUAAACCAGCAGCUUCAGAACGUGAACGCAAUGACAAGAAGGACAUUGACCCCAAUGCUGGACGGUUUGUACGCUAUCAGUUUACCCCAGCUUUUCUUAGACUUCGGCAAGUGGGAGCCACGGUGGAAUUCACAGUAGGGGACAAACCCAUUAACAACUUCCGCAUGAUUGAGAGGCACUACUUCCGGGAUCAGUUGCUUAAGAGUUUUGAUUUUGAAUUUGGGUUCUGCAUCCCCAGCAGUAAAAAUACUUGUGAGCACAUCUACGAAUUCCCACAGCUCUCGGAGGAUCUCAUUCGAGAGAUGAUCCUUCAUCCCUAUGAGACACAGUCGGACAGUUUCUACUUUGUAGACAACAAGCUCGUGAUGCACAACAAGGCAGAUUAUUCAUACAGUGGAGGACCUUGA